AUGGGUCUAGAGGAUGGUAAAACCCUGGAUACAAAUGAUACGUCUGGAACGGAGACUAAUUGGGAGGACGACCCGCGGUUCAAGGAACUAAGGACGAUUUUUUUCAGAUUAAACACUUUCUACACAUUUCUAAUGGCUCGCAAACAUGUCGUCAGUACCUUUGAUACUUUACGCAAACCGAUUGAAAAAGACAUCAAGCGUGAACUCGAGCCUUUGGACUUGGCCAAAAUUGCUUAUUUGCUGCCCAGAGAUGUGGUGUUCAAGUACGUGGAUGUUAACCAAUUUCACACUGAGACCAAACAAUUUGACUUCAACAAUGGUGGCCAUCAACAGAAAGGUGGCGAUAUAUUCGAGCUGAAACCGGAAGUCAACGAAUUUGAGGACGGAAGUGAUACCAGCGAUGACCAGGUCUUGGUUUUCGAAUUUGUCGAUGGAGAUAUGUCUCGAAAACUGUCGCGAGCGGAAUUCAAGACACAGGUAAAAAUGCCGGAAUUCUCACCGGAAGCAAUGCGGAAAAUGAUCACACGCAGAAACGCUAUCUUCAAAACUAGUCUGAUGAAGUUUUUACGUCGUUUUCGGAAGACUGCCGAAAAUCCUUGGAUGGUUCUGGACUCAGAAGCAUUAACGCUGGUACCGCAGAAAAAGGAAUAUAAUGACCCUAUAGAAGCCAUGGUAGAGGCAAGAGGUGGCAAGGACCAAGCCCGGGUGCUGGUUGAUGCAGAAAACAAUUCCACAAGACUGACCAUGCCGAUACUCUUGAAAAAAUUGGAAAUGUCGGAGCUCUAUAAUAAUCAGAUUGUAAGCCACAUGGUGCUGGAAGAACGAUGUGCCAAGCUUGCUAAACUAGACUUUGAGCUGGCACCUGGCGCACUCGAUGCAUUUGAACACAAGACUUUUUAUUCGCAUCAAGCGCAUGCUCUGAACGCGAUACAUGCAGGUGAAAACGUCAUCAUCACCACAUCCACCUCGUCAGGUAAGUCGUUGAUAUACCAAAUGUCGGCCAUCGACCAGCUACUCAAGGACCCACAAUGUACUUUCAUGUACGUGUUUCCAACAAAGGCCUUGGCGCAGGAUCAAAAAAGAGCUUUCCAAGUUCUACUGUCAAGAAUACCGCAACUAUCUCACGUAAUUGUUGACAACUAUGACGGAGAUACAGAAGAGGAUAAACGUGGAUAUAUUCGCAAGAAUGCAAGAGUAAUUUUCACCAAUCCGGACAUGAUUCACGUCAGCAUAUUACCAAACCAUCCCAACUGGCGCCAUUUCUUGAUGCAUCUGAAACUUGUUGUCGUUGACGAGCUUCACAUGUACAAGGGACUCUUUGGAUCCCAUGUUGCUUUGGUGCUGCGGCGGCUCGCACGACUGGUGAACGGAUUUUAUGACAACCAUGCGGUCAAAUUUAUAUCUUGUUCGGCCACUUUGAAGCGGCCUCUUGAGCAUAUGAGAGGCAUUUUUGGCACGGAACAAGUCACCCUUAUCGAGGAUGAUGGUUCCCCAAGAGGCGAGAAACAUUUAGUAGUUUGGAAUCCUCCCGUUCUUGCCCAGCAUGUUCGCAGAAGAGAGAAUUUCAUACAUGAAAGUGCCAAGAUUCUGGUACAACUGAUUUUAGAAAAUGUGAGAACUAUCGCAUUUUGUUAUGUUCGUCGAGUUUGUGAACUAUUAAUGAAAGAAGUUCGAACCAUUUUUCGAGAAAUGAACAGGUUAGAUCUGCUGAAUGAUGUCAUGUCCUACCGUGGUGGAUACUCUCCUUCCGAUAGACGUAAAAUCGAGCGAGAAAUGUUUCACGGAAACCUGAGAGCUGUGAUCUCAACAAAUGCAUUGGAAUUAGGUAUUGAUAUUGGUGGGUUGGAUGCGGUGCUAAUGUGUGGCUUCCCUCUGUCCUUGGCAAAUUUUCACCAGCAGAGUGGGAGAGCUGGUAGAAGAAACAGAGAUUCUUUAACUCUUGUGGUAGCAGGUGACUCGCCUGUUGAUCAGCAUUACGUUGCACACCCUGAACUCCUAAAGGAUGGAGGCACAGAAUCAUUCCAAGAGCUUAUCUUGGAUUUCGAGAACGUCUUAGUUCUCGAAGGUCAUAUUCAAUGUGCUGCGUUUGAGUUGCCAAUUGUUAUAGAAAGAGACCAGGCAUACUUUGGUAAGGACAUCUUAACUAAAACCUGCGAAGAGAGACUGCAUCAUGACGCUAACGGCUACCACACUCAUAAUAGGUUUUUACCGUGGCCGGCAAAGCUGGUUAGUUUAAGGGGAUCUGAAGAAGAUCAGUUUGCGGUAGUAGACAUAACGAAUGGAAGAAAUAUAGUCAUCGAAGAAGUUGAGGCCUCUAGAACAAGUUUCACUCUCUACGAUGGUGGUAUCUUCGUCCAUCAAGGAUAUCCUUACCUUGUCAAAGAAUUCAAUCCCGAUGAACAUUACGCAAAAGUUCAAAGAGUUGAUGUAGACUGGACUACAAGUCAAAGAGAUUUCACCGACGUGGAUCCUAAAGAAACAGAGCUGCUUAGGUCACUUAAAGAAAGUGAUGUUCCCGUAUUUUUUGGAAAAAUUGUGACCACAAUUGUUGUAUUCGGUUUCUUCAAGAUGGAUAAGUACAAGCGCAUCAUUGAUGCGGUGGAAACAUACAACCCUCCUGUAAUAAUCCAAUCCAAAGGAUUAUGGAUAGAUAUUCCUCCAAUUGCACUUGACCUAUGCAGAGAAAAGUCUUUGAACAUUGCAGGUGGGAUACAUGCGGCACAACACACAUUAAUGAGUCUUUUGCCAGCUUUCAUCGUUGCCGGCGUCGAUGAAAUUCAAACUGAAUGUAAGGCACCUGAGAAAGAGUUUGCGGAGCGGCAGACUCAACGUAAACGCCCUGCGCGCCUUAUUUUCUACGACUCAAAAGGGGGAAAGCACGGAUCUGGGCUUUCUAUAAAAGCGUUUGAACACAUAGACGUUAUUUUAGAGGGUGCGUUGAAAAGAGUUCAGGAAUGUCCUUGUGAAAAUGGAUGCCCCGAUUGUGUGGCUGCAGCAUUUUGUAAAGAGAACAGUCUGGUACUAUCAAAACCGGCAUCAUUGAUUAUACUCCACUGUAUAUUGGGUCACACACCAUCAAGCUUCAUCGAUGACAUCAAAGAAGGGCCGGAACCCAACUUACCAGAAAUCAAAAUCGAGACUAUUGUACCAGCAACAGGGCAUGUUAAGUUCUCCCAAGACUUGCAAAUUAUAGAUGUAAGGACCAGCAAAGAAUCAGCUAGUUCUAUAAAGGUAAAGGAAGAGUCAAUACCGACUGAGGAAGAAUAA